CGAGCACAAACUGCACCAGCCAUCUUCUUUAGCAUGGCCACCACGUUCACGCAGAGAUAGAGACAUCAUUAGUGUCGAUAUCAAUAUCUCUAGGUCAAUCGACCACCCACCAUCAACCAUGACUUCAGCCGUCGUGCCCGGCCAAAUCCUCGCCGCUGCCAACUCUCACCAACCCGGCGACGGUACACAUAUCUACGAAAACAACAUCCUCGCCUCAAUAGUAGGCCGUUCACUCAUCACCCCGGCCGCGACAAAAACAUCCAAACCCACCGUGUCAGUCUCCCGUUUCGACUCUCAACAACCCUGCUCCUCUUCCAUCGCAAGCCCCAACGCCUCAACUGGCAGCCUUCCCACCGUCGGCUCCAUCGUCCUCUGUCGUGUAAGUCGAGUGCAACAACGGCAACUCUCAGCAUCCAUCCUCGUGGUCAACCCUUCACCCCACGAUAUCCUCGCCUAUACACAACUCACAGACGACGAUCUACAAUUUCAAGCUGUAUUGCGAAAGGAAGAUAUCCGCGCGUAUGAGAAAGAUAAGGUUGUCAUGAAUGACAGUUAUCGAGUCGGGGAUAUCAUUCGAGCUACGGUGAUUAGUUUGGGAGAUGAACGGAAUUAUUACAUCAGUACGGCGGGAAAUGAUUAUGGUGUGGUGGUGGCGACGAGCGAGGUGGGAAAUGCCAUGGUUCCUUCAAGUUGGAAGGAAAUGAAGGAUGUGGUGACGGGGAAGGGUGAAAGCAGAAAAGUGGCUAAACCGGCUGGCACUUAGACUGAUUGACAUGAUGCCUUGGCCUGGAUUUGUGUCAAGCAUCAAACGACUGAUGAACAAGCACAUGCCCCAUGCACAUGAGCGGGUACGGGUUGCACCAUUCAUGUGUUCCUCGACCACGAUCACAAACAUGAAACUGGAACUGCAGGGUUGUUGCGAAGAUGUCGCCUAAUUCUGACCAGAUUAUGCUGAAGGCCGCCUCGUGAGCAAAAGCCACAAGGUAUGAGAGCCGCAAAAAUGCUUGAAGAACUUGGUAGGUGGACAUUGGCAACGACCAACUUUGUCGAAAUCCAGCGGCCCACCGUUGAUGGCUGGUUGAAGACUCGUAAACAACCAAGCAAGUACAAUUCUGCUUCCCCCUUUCUCACAUCAUCGAUCAUCCACCGCCCACUUUCCACUCCGAAUCUGUCUCUCCUCUUCUAUCUUUCUCUCAAUCCACCUCUCCAGUAUCCAUGGUCACGACCUUUUUCAAUGUCAGACUGUGUUCGUCACGUGAGGAAGAUUAUGUGCCUGUAUGUUAUUAUCAACAGUAGACAUCUCCCUCGGCAUUAUCCAGGUCUGACACGCUUUCAUUAUCAUGCGUUGAUCAGAAAGAGUUUCUACUACGAGGGGACAGUCAGACACCUGCAGUCAGUGAUUGGUCAGUAUGUAGAGAACCAGGAAUGACAUCCAAAAGCUGCCUCCACAAUCUGUAUCAUUUAAUUACUGCAAUCGUUAAAACGAUGUGAGCCUGC